GAACGGAGCAGAACGGGGAGCCUGGGUGGAACGUGCCGCGCGCAUGACAGCUUCAAAGGAACGCAGCGCCGCGCGGCAGCACACACAUUGAGCCCGCUAAUCUGAACCCCUGCACCGCUCUUGUCAAAAGCAUCUGUGUGAAAUAACCCUCCUCAUGCAGAUCAGCUUCUAAACUAGGGCAGGCUUUAUCCCUCAUCUGUUCCGCGUCGCCGCCGACCAGAGCCUCAUAGUCAGCAGUGGAUAGUGCAGGGAUGAAGUGGACCGCAUAGCAAGAAAUCAUGCGAUAGGCUACUGCACCUUGGCUUUCUCCUUUUCACUCAAAACGUGACACAGUCUGGAACUAUCCAGACGUAAUUUUUUACUAUUUCAACAAUACUGAGGAUAACACCUAGUUUGCACUUCCUGAACGAUUGGAGACCGCAAAGGAGAUAUUUUUACCCAGACAAAUUUAUUUGGAUGACCGGCUUUCCAAGUGGCUUUUUUAUCGGAUUCUCUACUACUUGGACUUUAACGGUAAAAAAAAACUACCGAAGAAAAUCCGAGAAAUCGAAGUUCAGUUCUGUAACUACGUUACAUAUGAGUUGACUAUGUUUAGUUCCCCGCCACUCCUUCUAGAACCGUAGCCAGCCCCUGUGGUAGAGAAGUUGUUUAGCUUCUCUCUCCCUCUGUGCGCGAACACUUAGAGCUAACACCCCUUUCUAUGUAGUAGAUCGCCUGGAAAGAUACACAAAAAUAGAGCGUUCUCCUUCACCCCCGCCUCGUACCAACAGGCGGUUCUGGUCUAAAGGUUCUCCAGAGAAUGGUAAAUGGCCGAUGGGGAAUCAUGAACAGCACUUUGGAACUCGAAGAUGGACCACGGCAUAAAAAACAGACAUUCUGUGAGUGUGUACCAAGCUCCUCCCAGAUCAAACACCGCUGGUCAGACUCAGACACAGUCAGAGAGACCCCCUCACCCACGAAGAGGAUGAGCUGCAGCUACCUUCUGUGCACCAUCCUCCUGUUCGUAGCCGUCCUACUCGCCGUCACGGUAACCGGCACCAUCCUCUUCAUGAACCACAACCAGGCCCCGCCCAUGUCCGACGGCCCUCCCCACAUCUCCACCAAUCAGGACGAGGCCAACGCCCUGGUCACCGUGGAAAGGGGCGAUGGCUCGCGCAUCAACAUAUUUAUUGACCCCAACUGUCCUGACUACAAUGGGAACUUCCUGCGCCUGGAGGGGGUGCAGACAUCGCUGCUCCACUCGCUGACUGACCACGACGCUGACCUGAAGUCCGUCAAAGGUCAGGACCGGGCACUGCUGGUCAAUCUAGCUGAAGAGGUGGCCAAACUGUCGGCCCACGCUGGUCAGCUGAAAAUGGACUACGAGUCUCUGAGGCGAGGCCAGGGGAGUUUGGGACAGGACCUGAACACACUGCAGACAGAGCAAGGACGUCUCAUACAGCUGCUGUCCGACUGCCAGAUCAACAUGGUGAAGGUGGUGAACUCUGUGAGCGAUGCUCUCAACUCCAUGCAGAAAGAGACGGGUGGACUGAAGGCUCGUGUCAAGGCUGACCUACAGCGGGCACCGGUCAGAGGCGCUCGCCUCAAAGGCUGUGCCAACGGCUCUCGUCCUCGUGACUGUGGCGAUCUGUAUGCUAACGGGCAGAGGGAGGAUGGCAUCUACUCUGUGUUUCCCACUCACUACCCCUCCGGCUUCCAGGUCUACUGUGACAUGACCACGGACGGAGGGGGCUGGACGGUGAUCCAGCGAAGGGAAGAUGGCUCAGUCAACUUCUUUAGAGGAUGGGACUCCUACCGCGAGGGAUUUGGAAAAAUCACUGGAGAACACUGGCUCGGGUUGAAGCAGAUCCAUGCUCUCUCCAUCCAGGGCAAUUAUGAGUUGAGGAUUGACCUGGAGGACUUUGACAACAGUACAGCCUAUGCCCAGUAUGGUAUGUUUGGAGUUGGCCUGUUCUCUGUGGACCCUGACGAUGAUGGAUACCCACUGACUGUUGGAGAUUACUCUGGAAAUGCAGGCGAUGCUCUGCUAAAGCACAACGGAAUGAAGUUCACCACCAAAGACAAGGACAACGACCACUCGGAGAACAACUGUGCCUCCUUCUACCAUGGUGCCUGGUGGUACCGUAACUGCCACACGUCUAACCUGAAUGGACAGUAUCUCCGCGGGCAGCACACCUCCUAUGCCGACGGCAUCGAGUGGUCCACCUGGACUGGCUGGCAGUACUCCCUCAAGUUCUCCGAGAUGAAGAUACGGCCCACUCGCGACGAGAGCAAAUGAGAAAAAUGAGGAAAUAAAAGAAAAAGAGAGGAAAGGAAUUUGAAGGAAGAAGGUGCUCAUAAGAAUAAAUAUAAAACCCCACACUCAAAAAGACAGCUAUAGGCUGUGGUUCUUGUUCAGCUAUUGUUUGCUGACUGACUAAAAGGACAUCUUUGAUUGGUAUACUACUAUUGUCUACGUUUCUCUGUGGAACCCUCAUCCCUUCCCCCUGCCCCGCCCCGCUUGCUGUGCCCUCUGCAAAUCCCUUGUCGCUCGUUGCGUACUACUGUUGUGCUGAGGUUUUUCAUGCCCCCCCCACCCCCAUUAUCCUUAUCCUUUAUCACUAUCAUUAGGAGAUUGGUUGCCAAUGAUUUUGAGUGUUUCCCUCCUGACAACGACCACACCGCGACACAAAAUUAAUCUGACUCACUCUUACUUCACAGGAUUUCGGUGGCACCUUAACUGGGGAGAACGGGUUUGUGGUAAUGACUGGAGCAGAGUCAGUGGAAGGGUCUCAAAAACCAUGUGUUUGAGGCCAUUUCAUUUGCGCAGUUCCAACCACUACUAUGAGCCGUUCACCCCCUCAGCAGCCUCAACUGUCUUACUUAAGUCUCUCUUUCUCGUGUUAUUUAUAUCUAGUCAUCAAUCAAUGAUCUGUCUUUUCUAUCUGAGCCUUGACCUUGACCUCUCUCCUGUGAUAGUUGCACCUUGUAGCCAGUAGUUCUAUUCCCACAGUCCUUUACUGCGUUGUUUCCAGUCAGCGAAGUGUGGCGUUACCGUGUGACCUUUGAACAAGUGGCUGAGUCAGAACAGGAGAUGUGGCUGAGUCAGAACAGGAGAUGUGACAUUACAGUUAGAGAACACACACACACACACACACACACACACACACACACACACACACACACACACACACACACACACA